AUGAAGGGAAUCGAGAGCAAGAGCAGCCGACAAGUGACCUUCUCAAAGCGGCGGAGCGGAUUGAUCAAAAAGGCUCGCGAGAUCUCCAUCCUCAUUCCUCUGCGACGUCCAAGUAGCUCUCGUCGUCUUCUCCGCCCGCGGCCGCCUCUACGACUUCUCCGCCGGCGCCGGCAGGUACAUCUAUACAUAAUAUUGUACCACAGUACCAGGAUAAUGGCCAUUUAUUCUUUCACUUUCGCUUGUUUUUGCAUCUUGCUAGAUGGAAUUUUGUGGAUUCGUCUUCCGUCCUUGUGA